AGUGGUUGGAGGAUGAUCGUCCGCCCGCAAUAGUUCAGUCGGUACAUAGUCAGUCAUUUACAUCCUUAACUGCUGCUUUGGUUGUCGGUAGCGACAGUAAUGGUGGUCACGUGCACGCGAUAAUCGUUGUCGACGGUCACCCUCUUUACCACUUCGAUCCGAUCGAUCAUCGAGAAGGAGAGUUUGCCUCCGUAACAAUAUGUCUCCGUUAAAGACUGCAUCUGCCUGAAGUUCCCUCCUCAAAAUUACUUUCCUUGUCGUUAUAUAUUUUACCAAGUUUUGGAUAUUAAAUCUUCGAAAAUCGAUGCCAUACACUUGGAGGGUGCAAAAGAAACUGACCAACUCUGCAUACACUUGUGGUCAGUUCCGUAACAAAACUAUCAACAAAUAGAGGCAAUAAUAAAAUGCCGGCCGCGCAUAAUGAACAAUAAAUGAAAGGCACUUAUAAUUCGACAUAAAGUGUGACUCUCAGACAAGAAACAAUAUUUUUCUAUAUUAUAAAAAUAUUAAGAUGUAAAAGCAUGAACGUGUAGUAUGUAAUUUCAGCAGUUGUAGUUGUUGAAAGUAGUCUCUAACAAGCGACUGAUAUUUUACAAAUAAAGCCACUCCUUUAAGUCACACACACAUACAUAUUCUUUUUCCCAUCUAUUACUUCCUCAAUCUUCCGCCCAGCCUUCCUACUUCAACUCAUGUCCCAUUACCAUCUCUAAAUUCUUAAAACUUUAGUCAGGCUUAAAGUUUAUAACUAACUCCCUGAAUCUGUCAAAUAAUGUUUUAAUAACGAAACUAUCAACCACAACAAAAGCGAGACAAAAUAUUUAAUUACGAAAAAGGAAAAAAAAGAAGUUGUUUUUAGAAAACAACCCAAAACAAGAGCCUGUUGCUGCUUUACCGCAGUAUUUCUCCUCUCUCAUGGCCCAAAACGACGAAUACGAACAAAUGUGUGAUCGAACUAAAAUGGUUCUACGUUUACGAGAACUGUUCCAUGGUCGAUUUACCAAUGAAGAGGUAGAGAAACUGUUGCAGUUAAAUGACUUUGAACAAGGACCUACAGUGUUCUACAUUCUAUCCUCUGAUACCCAGGAAUUAUGCCGUGUUUUAACAGAAGAUGCUGACAUGGUUGCUAAACUGAACUACAUCAGGAAUAAUGAUAAAUUAGUGGAAGAGGCUAAACAAAACUACAUUGGCUUAGCUAUUCGUCAGUUUACGUGCCCUCCUUGUAAUAAUAUGUGGUGGCGUGUCACCCCAAGGAGAAAACCUGUUUCAAGAUGUAAACUAUGCCAAGUUCGGUAUGAUCCUGUCCCGAAAGAUGUUGAAUUUGGAAGUGCAGUAUUUGUAUGUAAGAGUUGUAACAAUGAAUUCAGAGGCUUUGGUCAAAAAUCAACAACUAGGAGCAUCUGUUACAAUUGCAAUAACCUGUGUUAUCCAACUAGAAUUGAACCUCCAAAGAGGAAUCCCGGUCGUCGAAACUGGAAGAGUCAACAUUCAUGUGAUGCACCAGACUGCUGUGGAUUCUUAUCAGACUGUGAUAAAGAUGUAAACGUAUAUGGUCCUUCAGGAUUGCAGAAAAGGUGUGUUCAUCCACAACGUCGGAGAAACCGAUCUAUCUACUACCCAUGUUUAAAGCACAGUAGUACUGGUUCAACUGUGGAAACAUUUCUCACUCAGAGAUUUGAGAAUGAUUCAGUCUCUGACUUCUCAGUAAGCUUAGAAACUAUUAUUGAAGAUGCUGAUAUCACUUCCAAUAUGAGUACAUUAUCACUAUCUGAUAGCAAUGUUGGUAACGAACCAGAUGAACCUGUAGGUUUUCCUUCAGCAAGACCAAAGUCUUCUGCCAUGUCUAGCUUAACAUCUUAUCCAACUAGUGCGGAACAUGUAGCCAAAACUGAUAAAACACAGAUGGUGAACAUUAAACCAGAGGAAAAAACAAAACUAAAAAAAAAAUCUGAAAAAAAGGAUUGAAGUCUCAGAGCUUCAAAUUAGACUGUCGUUUGUGAAAGUCAAAAAUCUGUUGACUCCUAAUUUUGAUUUCUGUUUUUUCUUCAUACUGGAAAAUGGUCAGUUGUUGAGGCAUUUCCCUUAAAAUAAUGGUGCCUUUAUUUUAUUCAGUAAAAAGAAAUCACAGCCAGAAGUCAAUAGAUCGACGCUAUCAAUUCAUUAUUCAGCAUUAUUCAUGGGAGAUUACUCUUGUGGCAAUAAAAAAUAAAAUUUAAUUUUCAAUCAUGUAUGUAUAUGCAUGUAUCAAUAAUAUUAAUAUGCCAACUUGUUCUUUUUGUACGUACCUGUUAUGUGUGUUGCACUUACCUCAAAAGAGGGAGUGAGUGACAAAGCCGGAGAGAGGAAGUAAGAAAGAGAGUGAAAGAUACAGUGAGUGGUGACGGCAUUCGUUUUGUGUUUUUAAACAAGAAAAAUAGCUACAUAGCCACAUCGCAAGAAAAAUAUUUACUUAGAUUGAAAGAAAAGUUGAUACAUAGAUACAUACACACAUCAUUAAAUUAAAAGUGGGAGAAAGGAGGGACACAGGAAGAGAAAGAGAGAAAGACAGUAGAUACAUAGAUCCAAAGAAAAGUUGAUACAGAGACACAGCAAAUAUUGUUUGUCACCUUCACUUUUUAUUACCACACGAGGAUAAAAUUAAUUUGCAAGUGGCUGAGUAAUCCACAGACAUGCAGAUCAUUAACGUAGUUCUCAAGGAGAUUCAGCCUCAUGCAAAAUAUGACAAGGCUGGCCCCUUUCAAUUACAGCUACGACUCAUUUUGGCCAGCUGAUUGAACUGGAGCAAGACCUUCAAGUGGUUGGAAGAAAAUGAAAAAAGAUCCUAUAUAGGGACAGGAAAAUCUUUUUAGUCACUAUAGUUGUUAAUCUGGUCCUAACAGCAGUAUUUUGGGGUCUCACAGAUCUGGAGGCCAAGCUCCCAGGUAAACAUUGAUGUGCAGGCUGUUAUCAAAUUGGGCGUGAGUCAAGGACAAAUACACAAUGAAAUAGCAAUUAUUUCAUCUUAGGUUUCACUGCUUACAGUGACUAAAAUAUGAUCGAUCUUUUCUAGCUUCUUUACUUUUAACAAUGAAGAAGGUAAGACAUUUAGUAAUGAAUAGAGAGAAAGUCUUUCAGGUGUUUACAUUUUUAUUCUGGGAGUUCUAGAACGAUCAACUGUUCUCACUUCUUUCUCCCACCCCUAGUACUUAUUCACCUUUCAUAGUUCUUCAUAUCUUUUAGUUGGCAGGGAAAGGAAAGACCAUGUUUUUCUUUCAGGCACAUCUAACAUUUUCUCUACAAACAAGCCCUGCUCCCUUCCAUUUUUUUUCAUACAAAAACUAAUGCAAAUUUUGAAUGGGGUAUAGCUGUGAAAAGAGCCCAGAAAAUUGGGUAAUACCCCCUACAAAAUGGGUGAGGGAGAAAAGUUGCCAACAGGGGGCUACACAAAAUUCAACUCUAUACUUUAAAGAGUCUCUGGGCCGACCAAAGCCUUGUGAGUGAAUUUGGUAAAUGGAAACUGAAAGAAGCCCAUCAUAUAUAUAUAUAUAUUAUAUUCUUAUGUGUUUGUCUCACCACCUAUAUUGUUUGACAACCAAUGUUGGUGUGUUUGCAUCCCCAUAACUUAGCUGUUCGGCAUAAGACUGAUAGAAUAAAUACCAGGUUUACAGGGAAUAAGUCUAGGGUAGAUUUCUUCGACUAAAUGGGUGGUGCUCCAGCAUGACCACUGUCAAAUGACGCCAACAUAUUAUAAUGGAAUAACACUGCACAUGUAAUAUUUUGAAACUUCACAACACAUCUGAGCUACAUUACAUCAUGCACUACUACUCUUUACCAAAUAUUAAGCUACACACAAACUUAUAGUUGAUUUCACUUAAUUGCAUAUGUUUACAGUCAAUAUCAAAUAUAAUCAAGUUUGUCAAUCCAUUGGAAUGUUGUGACCAAGUUAAAAUCCCAACAUAAUUCUAUAACAUUUUUGUGUAAUGAAUUUCUUCAAUAUAUAAAUCAAGUAGUUUUUGGAUACUAUUUUAUUGUUUACUUUAUUGAUUACAUUAGCUUGUGACUGCCAGAACUAACUUUUUCAUAAUGACAACUGAAGUUACACAAAUUAACAAACUGUCAGACAGUCCUUGUCAAGAUGUAUGAAUCUGACAAAGAAUAUCAGGUUUCCCUGAAAAUAAGACCCAGUCUUAUAUUAAUUUUGCAUCUGUAAAACACACUAGGGCUUAUUUCCGAAAGAUGUCUUAUAUUUUUGUGGAAAAAAAUCCAAGGAAAACAAAGAAGUCUCAUGUCCUCAUGUAAAAGGAAUUCCAUGUUUUCAGUUAUCAAAAGUUUAUUUAUUUGCUUAUUGCUUUUAGUCAAGUACAAACAUUUCCUCCUCUUCUGGAACAUCAUAAAUCAUCAAACCCUGAACUUCAGACUGAAUUUCUUGUAAAUCUAUUUCCCAUAGAAUCAUAGAUCCCGGUCUCCUAUUUUUGGCAAUAUAACUUACCUUAAAUAAACACUUUUUGUCUAAGUACUCUGCUCAUAAUGCAUUGGCAACACAUCUGUUGGUAAUUUUAUUCCAUGAAUUCUUCACCCAAUUAACGACUUCUUGGCUGUUGGGUUUGACAAAGUUUCCACACCGAUUUCUCUCCAUUCUAUGUUCAAUAUAUUGAUUCACUUCCAUCCGCAAAUAAUCCUUGAAAGGCUUGUUUAUUAUAAGAUCUAAUGUUUGUAGAUAUGAAGUCAUUCCCGCGGUAAUCAUCAUGUGGUCAAUCCUUCUUUCAGAAAGGAAAGUUUUUAUAUCUUUUGCACGGUGAGUACUGGCCGGAUCCCAGACUAAAAGACUCUGAGAACCACGUAAAACAAAUGACAUAAUUAAAUCAACCCAUUUUCUUAUAACAGCUUGUCUGCACCAAGACUUUACAGUUUCAAGGACAAAUGCCCGAAACUCGUUCUUUCUCUUUUUUGAAAGUUAAAUAUUCUGACCAUGAACAAUGCAGCAUCAGUUACAGAUGAGCCAUCUGAUUCUUUGACUUGGCAUUAUAGCAGGUCAGUGAAUAACUUAGUUCUCAUACAAUAUGGAUAUUUUUCUUUCCUUUUGUGAAGGUACUUAGGAGUUAGAUUGCAAAACUGAAUUUCAAUUGCUGGACUGGGUAAUGUAUUUCGUUCUUGAACAAAAUUCUUCAAGUUGCACCAGUCCACUCAGCUGUAAAUGGAUAAUCUUGCGAUGGACUGAAAUCCCAGCCAGGGGAAAUGCUAGCUCUAUCACUUAUACAUCAUGGAAACCAAGUAACUGGCUCUAUUAGUCCUAGAUCUUGAAAUGGUACGUUCCUUUUCUUUUUUGAAAAUUUCUUUGAAUGCAAUGCAGAAUAGCAUGAAAAUAGUCAAUCCAAGAAGUUUCUAAAACUUUGAAUAGAAGUUCUUUCACCAAAACAAAAAAUUAAAAUCAAGAAUUUAGUGUUUUAGCUUUUUUUUUUAUUAGAAAAAAAUUGCGAUUUUUGCACCAUAGGGUUUUUUAAUAUUUGCCCAAAAUAUUAAGAAAAAUACAUUAAAAAACAAUUUAUUCAUUUAGAAUUUUAUGCCAUAAGUGUGUUGAACACUUUGUAGAUAUAACAAAUUUCUCUAGCAAAUCUGGAUGGAGAUACUGAGGCUUACAGAAAAUAUUCAAAUCCUAGUUUUGCUUGGGUCCCAUAGUGUAAUAAAUCAAAUAUAUAGCAGCCACUGAACCAUUUGGUAUUACCAUAAAAAUAAAAAAACAAA